CGGUAGAGAUCAGUCCUCGCCGCUGCACGGCAGUCUUGUCUCCGGAGCCUCGCACGAGAGACUUGAACGACCGGCACCGUGCUUCACCAGCCAGUCGGACAUCGUACGUCGUCGACGCGCGAGUUCUCAUUGCCGCGACUCUUUGGUGGUGUUAAACGUUUUCGAUCAAACGAUCGAUUUUUCUCAAGUUCAGCGAUGAAUUUUGAUUGUCAUUUGCAGUGAAUAAGUGAUUUUUUUUCGCAUAAAGCAUACACGGUUUUUUAUUGUUGUUAAAACUGAUUUUAUUUAAUUCACGCACUUCCGUGAAAAUGGCUGAGUUUGACGCGAACAAUAACAGUGCACCGCCGUUACCGGAAAAAGCGCAGGAAAAAUAUUCUUUACGACCCAGAGCGUCGCUGAAACGCGAAGAACCCGACGAGGAUCAUGAAGAUAGUUGGAAACCUACAACUCGGGGUCGAUCCACCAAACGACGGCAAAAACCUAAGCCCCUGAGCAGGUACCGAAGGAAGACGGCGAACGCGCGUGAGAGGAGCCGGAUGCGGGAGAUCAACGAAGCUUUCGAAGCGCUCCGUCGGGCCGUGCCACACCUGGCGGUGGACGCACACAACGAAAAGUUGACCAAAAUCACCACUCUCCGGCUGGCCAUGAAGUACAUCUCGGCGCUCAGCGGACUUCUGACCUCGGCGCCCGGCGCCCAAUCUUCGUCGUCGUCAACCACCGCGGCCGCAGCCAUAGCCGCAGCUACGACCACCAUCUGCGGCGGCGGCGGCAGCGGAGGAGUAAUCGGGACGGCAGCAAUGUCAUCGCCCUCGUUGUCGUUGCCGACCACCACCGAUCACCUGGCCGCGCUUGGCUGCUGUCUAUCGCCUUCGACUUCCGACGACGUGGACUCGCUUCUCAGCGAGUAUGCGUCCGACUUACUCUGCGGCGGCGGCGGAGGCAGCGAGUGCUCUUCCAGUGCCGCGUCCACCGUCGGGUUUCUCGCCGAUCACCAUCACCACCAUCAUUCGUCCGCGUUCCUGCGGGACUUGCCGGGUGCGGCCGCCACUUACUCGCUGUCUCCGUCGUCGUGCUCCACGUCGGCCACCGACGUCGUGGGUUUCCCGUCGCCGCUGCUAUCCGCCGACUUCCCGGUGGACGUGGCCGCUGCGUUCAUGCCGUUUGCCGACCACCCGUUGCCGCCAAUCGACUUCAACGGCGACCCGUACAUGUUCGAAGACAACUUCGCGUGCACCGAGUUUAGCUAGACCUCGGUUGGGUGUCGUCGUCAAGGUGCCAUAUAUAUAUAUUUACACAUAUACGCAUUCAGCGUGCGUAAAUUUUUUUGUACGUUUCUCGCGGGAUUUUGUGAGAAAAAUUGUGUCGACAUUUUUUUUUUCCAUCGAGAAAAUGUGAUAAGUUUCUCGUUUCGACGUACCCUGCUAACGAGUAGCUGGUGAACAUGCCUACGAUGUUUGUACAGUGAUGUGUUGUACGCGUCGCUUACUUCCGUCACGGCUGAUCGCGUCUACGUCGACCGUCAGUCUUAUACGUGUACAAAUGUUUUCCCUUCGAUUUUCUCUCAAAUAUAUUUUCAACUGUGAUAUACUGUUCCCCCGUAUUAAGUGGCGGUGGCCGUCGAUUUCGACAACUCCACCUCUCCCCACAACCCGUCUAUACUCUUGCCAGUAAAUCGGUUACCCGCGUUGUAAUGACAUUGUGUGUGCGUGUGUGCUCCCAAGUAAAUAAUUAUUCUAUUUGUUUUAAAUAACGAAACGUGUACGUCUAUCCUAUUCAAUGGAUAAUAGGUAAUAAUAAUAAUAAUAAACCGAUCUAACGUUUUUAAAUCCGACUGGUGAAACUGGUUAUUAUUUAUUCUAUAAGACUAUAUUAUAUUUCUAUAUAAUGUACAAUAUACCUAUUUUUCCCUUCAGAUCCUUCUUCGGUUUUCUUGUACAUAAUAUUUUACACUUUAUACACGUCCCGGAACCAUAUUCUAACUAUCUCUACACAUAUCGUCGUAUAAUCGCGAUUUAAACAAAAUACAAAUCCUGACUUUUCGAUUUAUCAUUGUUUUUACGCGCUAUGAAAAAAAAAAAAAAAAUGAUAAACGGGUUUUUACGAUUAGGUUUUUUGAUUUUGCGAUCAUCUUGAUUAUAGAUUGUUUUUACAAACGUUGUACGGGAAGUAGUAGGUACUCGUGAUAUCUCUGCGUAAUCAUUUUGUUUUCACAGCCGAUGAUUUAUAUUGACGGCCAAUAUGUCCCGGACGAAUUAAAAAAUCAACUCAUCCGACCUCCUGUCGAGUCUAAAUAUAAUAACUGACGUAUACGCAGACGCGUUUAAAUAUUGGCUUAGGGUAAUAUACCUAUUUUAUUAUAUUAUAAUUUAUAAUAUUCUCAGCACACACACAUAUAUGUACAAGACUAUGAGAUUCAACACCUUUUUAUUUUUUCACCAUUUGCUAUGUGCAGCUUCAUGAUGAUGUACGUACGACGUACGUAGUAUAUUGUUCUCGCGUCCGCGCACAUGAGUUUAUUCGACUUUGUCUUAUUUUUAUAAACUUUUUGGAUGGUAUGCAUUUGCACACCGAUGAAUUUCUUCGCGUCUAUUGUACCCGAUGAAAAAACGGGUAUUUCGGUUUUUUUUCUAUUGUCUUUUUGUUACCUUUAGCGUUAUGGCGUCGUUUAGUGUUAUAAUUAUACUAUAUAUAUAUAUGUUGUAGAUAAUACACAAUAUAUACAUGAUAUAUUUGUACGUUAAGUUUUGUAAACUAAAAUCAUAUAUACUUGUACAUAAAAUUGAUUAUUAUUAUAUAAUUAUUUUUCAAUAAAUUAUUCAUAUUAUAAAUGUG